UAUUAUUAUUAUCGUAUGUCGUUGUUGUCUGGCUUUUUGCGACUUUCAAAUAACCGAGACUCCACGACUUCAAUUCGGAAUUACUUCGGAGAAAUACCAAACGCCAUCUGCAAUCAUCCCCUGUAAUCAAUUACGAUUAACCAAACAAAAAAAGGGUGGUGCACUGAAAACUAUAAAUGACAUAUUUUUCUUCAGUCUGUUUGAGUUAUCGUCACUCACUCCAUUGAAAUUAUUUUAUCAGGCCCUCACUAACGUAUUCCUGACAUCCAACAUUUGUAAUAAUAAAGUAGAAUUUUCUAUUUCCAUCGAUUUGCAAUGUCUGUUGCGGAAUUUCUGAAGGGUCUGCCCUCCCACAAUGAAAAUAAUUUCGCCAAUUUUCAUACGGACAAUGGGAAUCGUACCUGUGUCAAGAGACCUUCUGUGUAUUUACCUACGAAAGACUAUCCCUCCGAGCAAAUUAUUGUGACCGAAAAGACGACGAUACUGCUGAGGUACCUUCACCAGCAGUGGGACAAAAAAAACUCUGAAAGAAAACGAGAGCUCCUGUCCGUCAAUGGUGAUUCCCCAGACGAUGUAGCAGUGAGACGCUGCAAGAGGCCACGUCUUGAUCUUAACAACACAAUCUAAACCAAAUAAAUAAAAGAAAAUAAGUACCGAAACGAACGAAAGAAUCACAAUUACCUCAUCGUAAUUAUUUGUCCAUCAUUCGAGUACAUCUAAUCAGUUAUUUUCCUCUUCGAUAAUCAUAAACGUGUAAAUAUUUCGUUUCAGGUAUUUGACGUCUAUUUCAUUUCAUUUCGUUUGGAUUGAAAAUUAUCGUUUGUCGUAAGAAUGAGACUAUCAACGAAAUCGAUGAUAUCGUUAGUUAAGAUUUUUUUUUUGGAGUAUGACGUAUGAGUGUACUGAAGCCUUUGAUUGGCUUAAAACUGUUUUUUAACGACUAAUUAUUGGAAUUUUUCUUCUCCAAGAAUUGAGAUCUUUUCGAG